AUGACGAGGCGCAAUACCGGCGCCUGCCUGGCGCCACUCUUGCUGCUGGCCACGCUGGGAGGCGCCUCUGUGCCCACUGGCCUGGACAUGAAGCUGCUCAAGGGGGUGACGUCGAAUCCGACGAACAACCAAGUGAUCUCGCCGUUCCUGAUGUCGCUGCUGAUGUCGCAGGUCUGGCUGGGCGCCGAAGGCACAACCAGAGCCGAGAUGACGCCUGUGCUGGGAAUGUCCGGUCCAAACGACAGAUCCUUCCUCGACGGCUACCGCUCGGCCUUGGCCGUCUUGUCUGGAACCAGUGACGGCGUCAGGGCGUCAGUGUUCAGCAGGAUCUAUCGCAAGCGCAGCUUCAGCGUGCGCCGCACCUUCAGCGAUUUAUUGGCGCGUUACUACGGAGCCGGAGUGGAGGUGCUGCCCAGCAACGCCUUGAAGGCUGCUCAGGUCAUCAACAACCAGGUGUCGGUGGCAACGCGCGGACACAUCAAGGACCUGGUGUCAAGUGCCGACGUCAGGAAUGCUCAACUGGUGCUUUUAAGCGCCGUGUAUUUCAAGGGCACUUGGCUUUAUGGCUUCAAGAAGCACGGGCAGAAGCCGUUCUUGACGUCGGAUGGUGAUCGGCGGGUAGACAUGAUGAUGGUGGAGGCAGAGUUUGGUACUGCCGCCCGACCACACUUUGAUGUCGUUGCGUUACCGUACCAAAACCAAGAUUACAGCUUGCUGGUGCUGCGCCCGCGCAGUCGCUCCAUGGCUGGCGUGACCCUGAUGCGGAAGUCUCUCGACGGCCUGAACGUGACCCGGCUACACAGUCAGCUACGUCAGCGAACCGUGCGUGUGGUGAUGCCGUCGUUCAAGAUCGAGGGUCUCUAUGUGAUGCCCUUCUACAUGAGAAGCCUGGGCAUCAAGCGGAUUUUCCAACGGGGGGCAAACUUCAACGGCAUAUCGUCGGACAAGACCUUUGUCAGCAACAUCAUCCAUAAGGCGGUGAUGGAGGUCAAUGAGGAGGGCACGACAGCUGCGGCGGCGGCAAUGACGCCUGUGCUGGGAAUAUCCGGUCCAAACAACAGAUCCUUCCUCGACGGCUACCGCUCGGCCUUGGCGGUCUUGUCGGAGAACAGCAACGGCGUCACGACGUCAGUGUUCAGCAGGAUCUAUCGCACGCGCAGGUACAGCGUGCGCCGCACCUUCAGCGACCUGCUGGCGCACUUCUACGGGUCUGGAGUGGAGUUGUUGCCCAGCGACGCUAGGAAGGCCGCCCAGGUCAUCAACAACCAGAUGUAG